AACUGCAUUUAUAUUUGUUUGUAGGCGUGUUUUCUUUUAUGCCCUCUAUAAAUACAGUUUCAUUUAAGAUUCAUUUUCGUUUCCUGCUUUGUUGAUAAUGAUGAUGAUUAGUCUUUCUGUAUGUCAUAUGGUUGGUUGCGGUCAUAUAAACCCAUCAUUGAGUCAGAAACAUCGGCAGGUGCCUCUCCUUCAAGAAUCUGUAUGGACUAGUUUAAGAAUAAUACACAACAAUGAUUUCAUGGGGAGAGGAUUGUCGUAAAGGCUUUGGUUUAGUGAAGCCGAAUGGUUUAGAUACGACCAAAACGGAUAUUAGUUGCGUUAAUUUGAUACACCUUAAAUCUAAAAUUCAGGGUCUGUCCGCAGGUAACAGUGUGGUCGCGUUUAUCAGAAAUAAUGGGAGACUAGUGUCUGUCGCACGGAUUCAAGAGGACCAAGAUGGGAGAAGAUUCACAGGGAAACUGAAGAGUGUGACAUGUAAGGAGAGGAUUCGGGCUCUGAGUUGUGGAGAUUCUCAUGCUGUUUUACUGUCUGAAGAGGGUCGGGUUCUCUGCUUGGACAAAGCCAACAUUCUCAGCCCAUUGGGUAACCUAUGUAACCGACAGGUAACUCAGGUUGCAUGUGGAGGCCAGCAUUCAAUUUUACUAACUCAGGAUGGUCAGGUUUUCACAUGGGGUCAGAACACCAGCGGUCAGCUGGGUUUGGGGUGGGGCGAGCCACGCGACAUGUCCAUGUCCCCCAAGCCUCUGAAGUCUCUAUCAGGGAUACCCCUGGUUCAGAUCACUGCAGGGGGAGAACACAGCUUCGCUCUGUCCCUUUCUGGAGCUGUGUUCGGCUGGGGCAAGAACACCGCCGGGCAACUGGGACUAGGGGACACAACAAACAGAUGUGCUCCAGCUCAUGUUGAUUGCCUGAAUCUGAAGAAGACAGUUUUGAUUUCAUGUGGAGGAGAACAUACUGCCAUUCUGACAAAGGGUGGUGUGGUGUUCACAUUUGGCUCAGGCUGCUAUGGACAGCUUGGACACAACUCUCUCCGAGAUGAACUACGACCUCGAGUGGUGGGGCAACUUUGUGGAUUAAAGGUGACCCAGAUAGCAUGUGGAAGACACCACACAUUAGCAUUUGUGGGGCCCUCCAAUAAGAUCUACUCAUUUGGGCGCGGAGAGCAAGGGCAGCUGGGAAAUGGAGUAAAGAUUGAUCAGUCUGUGCCCCUUCCAGUACAACUGCCAGACCAGAUUGAUGACCAGAAAAUUGAACACAUUUUUGCUGGAGGAAACCAUUCCUUUGCGUUGUGCACUCUUGGUCAGGAGUCUGAAGAAAUGCCUAACAAUCUCAGGUCAAGUGUGGGCAAAGUGACACAACAAGCUAUAGACGAAGAAAUCAUUGACAAAUGGAACUCGGAAUGUGAUUCAAAGUCUUGGAAAAAAGGACAGAAGGAAAUCACAAAAAUGUUUUCUUCUGCAUCGUGUUUAAAUGGGAGCUUUCUUGAUAAAAGUUGUGACAAACAUUACCAAACCUCACCAAAACAGUCUGGCCUGGAUUUUUCACUCGUCCAAGGCGCAUUCCGGAAGCUGGUGAAAAAGGACAAAGUUUUGACUGAGGUUGAAGCUGUUGUCCAGCACACACUACUUCCCUCCCUGUAUGAGGAGCCCAUUGGAGUGGAGGGCUUGAGGGUCUACCUGGUUCUCCCUGAGCUCCUGAGGGUCCUUCACAAACAGCACAGAAGGACAGAUCUCACCGAAGCUGUUGCUGCUGCUAUCCUCAGACUGCACCCUGAAAAGCUGCAGGUCCUCGGUGACUGCUGGUCCUCAUUGAAGCCGUCUGUCAUGACCAAGCACAUUGGGGUGUGGAAGAAGGCCCUGUCGGGGAUUCUGAGGAGUAAACAUAUUCUACGCACUCGUGAUACUGGGAUCAAGCACCUGCUCCAGGUCCUCGGCCAUCUCCACAGAGCAAACCAGAAAUCCGUAGAGACCCAGACUGUUCCAGACAGUACCUUUUGUAUGGAGGAAGUUCACUUCAAUACCAUAUUUCUAGCGGAGGAUGUAAAGCUUUGGCGUUUAUGGUCAAAGCAGGAUGUGGAUCAGACACCUGCCAUCUUUUGUUGUUACCCAUUCUUGAUGAAUCUGCAGAGCAAGAUAAACGUUUUUAACAUCAACGCCGCACUCACAAAGAAUCCCCCUAACAAUCCCCAAAGGACUGGCAUGUGGCCUUAUGACAUGUUCCUCGUGGCGGCGCCUGCUCCGGUCUUUGAGCUGAGACUGAAUAGAGCAUCACUCAUCGAAGACACUUUCCAUCAACUGAGUGUAGCAUAUCACAGUACCUUCAAGAGGUCCCUUGUGGUGUAUUUCGACGAGGACGCGAAGCUGACAGAUGUCUACAAAAGGGACUUCUUCCUCCAUUUGUUUGAUAAGCUGUUGGUACCCGAGUCUGGGAUGUUCAUGUACAACGACACCAAUACGCUGGCCUGGUUCCCUGCAAUGCCUAGAGUGGAGAAGAAGCGUUAUUUCCUGUUUGGGGUUCUGUGUGGGAUGGCCCUGUACAACAACAACAUGGUGCACCUCCCCUUCCCCAUGGCCUUCUUCAAGAAGCUGGUGAACAUCAAGCCCUCUUUAGAGGACCUGAGAGAGUUUAGCCCCAUUGAAGCAGGGAGUUUGCAGUACAUCUUGGAUUACCCUGAUGAUGAUGUUGAAAACAUGGACAUGACUUUCUCAGUGAUGUGGGGUGAUGUAGCGGUGGAACUUGAUCCCAAAGAAACUGGAAAACUCGUCACAAGUGCCAACAAGAAGGAGUUUGUUGACACCUAUGUGAACCACAUCUUCAACCAGUCAGUAGAGGUGGUGUUUGAAGAGUUCAGGAAAGGCUUCUUCAAGGUGUGUGACAAGGACGUGGUGGAGUUCUUCCAGCCAGAGGAACUGAGGGGAGUGAUGGUGGGGAAGGAGAAUUUCGACUGGGAAACGCUGAAACAGAACACUGUGUAUUUAGGAGAGUACCAUGCUGGGCAUCCCAACAUCGUCACAUUCUGGGAGGUGUUUGAGGAACUGACAGAGGAUCAAAAGAAAGCGUUCCUGUUGUUCCUGACUGGCUGUGAUCGUGUGCCCAUCCUGGGUAUGAACCAGAUCAGGAUGAGGGUCCAAACCCUUCCCAACUCCUCCCAACAGCAUUUCCCAGAGGCGCUGACCUGUCACUCUCUGUUGCAGCUGCCCAUCUACCCCUCUAAAGAGACACUACAGAGCAGGCUUAUAGAAGCUGUUGGCCACAACAGAGGCUUCUGGAAUGAAUAAUGAGGGUCUUGUGUUGCUGCUGUGUAUAGUCCUCUCCUGUGUUCAUCUUUUCAUUGCUCCAUAGUUGAGUUUAAGAUUUGGAUUGUUUUAAUGUAGGGUUGUAUUUCAAAUCCUGACUUGAGAUCUGUGCGGUACUAUGACAUUAUCAUAUUGCAUUCACCUAAUUUUAUUAAAACAUUUAUACAUCAAAAAGUACAGCAUGGUUUGUGCCUGCACAUUAAACAACACAUUAACAAAAAUGAUAACAACCAAGAUACAAGGAAAUCCAAAAGUAUUUGAAAUCAUCUAAAUGUUAAAAGGAAGCAGAUCAGGUUUUCAGUUGAACACAAGAACUAUUCAUUUACAAGACCCACCAAAUGGUUCAUUACAGAAAUCAAUGAGAGCAUAAUAUCCCUGCAGUUAGGUGGCACACAGAUCAUUUGACACAUCCUUCUCAACCAUGUUCCCCCAAUUCACAAUAUAGGGCAGCAUUGAACUCAAGCCGCUCUAUAGCGCAGCGCACUAGAAGAUACAUUUAAAGGUCAUUUACACUUGAGCAGACAUGCCAGUGUUUACCAUGAAUGUGAUCUCAGUGAACAUCGGGGACAAGGCCUUUAAAAGGUGUAUUUUGGAUUGCAUCGUGCCCUGACAUUACAAAAACUCCAGGCUCAUGAUUUGAGCACCACUGACCUCAACUUAUAUUUAGAGUACUACUGAAGUUCAUAGCACUUCUAAAUGAGUAAUUUUCCUUUGUGAACAUGAUUCCAUUUCCAAAAAGACAUACGUACUGUUCAAAUGCCGAAUACUUAAUUCCCUUUGAAUAGAGAUGCUCGUGUGAACAAAGUCGUAUCGGGUUUUAAGACACUAUAUAGAGGUCAUGUUAAAGGUACAGUCAUCCGUGAUUAAAUUACAGACAUUACUCUUUGAUUUUCAAAAGAUUAGUGAAAAAUAGAUCACUUCCAGAUCAGUGGAGACUGCUGAGGGGAGGACGGCUCAUAAUAAUGGGUGGAACGGAGUGUUUGAUGUAUUUCAUACCAUUCCGCUCCACCAAUUACCACAAGCCCAUCCUCCUCAAUUAAGGUGCCACCAACCUCCUGUGUUCCAGAUAAAUACAGUAAGUAUAUUUUUGAUCAGCGAUCAUCAUGAGAGCUUCUUUCUGUAAUAGCGCC